AUGCAUCCGCCUCUCGAUCCAUCUGAAGUUGUUGUCAAUCCUGCUCAUUUUCCAUCAGACACAGCGCUCUGUAGCGAGGGAACGACAGUGUCUGUAGUCUCAACGUCACCCUUAAUUCUCGAUUUUACAGUGACCGCUCGCGAAUCUGGGAUUCUAGUACUGCCCGAGGGAGCAUCUCGCGAAGAUCUUGCUUCAACCACACGAAUCAAAGAGUACGUUCGUCAGAAUGCGUUACAGUGGUACCAGUACCUAAAUGCCGAGAGUACUGCUACCCCAUUUCCUAACGGGUCAUUAUACGUCAUCACUGGGCACGACAAAGCGAGGCGCUGGGCAGUGUGCACGUCUGGUCCUCGCCGGCACAGGCUAAAAGAGCACCCAGCUGAGAUACAAUAUAAUGAUCAUCGCUGGACGUUUCAUAAACAUCGCUUCGCCAACAACUACUCGAAUUCAGCCGUACAUAAUGGCAGAUGUGCCAUGUUUCUACGAGGGAUUCGGUUUGCAGUAUGUGCACAGGACUGGACAAGACAUGUUCUGUUCGAUAAACCACCAGCAGCGAUAUCAUUCUACUACAUUCUCACUGUUCGUAAUACUGGAUUUUGGGCCAAACUUGUGGGACUUAUAGAAAGAAGCAGUUGGUCUAGAGAGUCAUUUGCAGUGACUGAUGUACAAGAGGUGUGGAGUUUAUUUUUUCAUGCUCUGUGGGCUAUCAAUGAUAAUGUAACAGCAUCUCUUCCACCCGCUGGAACUAUUUCUUCGGAUCCUGCUUCGCGAAAAAUGGCUACGUUUGUACCCAGACCUCAUUCGGCGGAGGAAUCCAGCCCCAAUGAACGUAUGGCUCUCUCCCGACCUCUCCAAUCUGUGAUCGAGAGGUUCCAGGCCUGGUACCGACAAAGGACGCUGAUGCGCAGAGUUUCCAAAGUCUUCCCUGGGCCCUCAGUUCCACGAUCUGCAGCGAUGGCGUGGGCACCGAGACAAGUACCUCAGUUCAGCGAGGAUAUCUGGUUCGAAAUAGCGAAACAAUGCGAUCGCCAGACUCUGCUCGUCCUCUGCUCGCCCCAUGUCAACCGAUACGUCCGCAAAGGCGCCUUGCCACAGCUCUUCUAUAAAGUAGAACUCGCCGUCCAUCGGCUAUUCCCCCAACAGGACCAUAUCCUCAACUUCCGUGGCUACGCAUACAAGAGCUUGAUUAUAGCGCGGAUAAACAAGGCCCGUCGAAGGCUUAUCGAUUUUUCGAAGAGUCAUCUAGCGCCGCUCGUCCGUGUUUGGCACUUUGAUGGAUAUGUCAAUGACGGGGAAACAAUGAACGCCACGCUCGUCGCUCAGCGGGUGUACGACCGCGUCGCAUUGCGAGUGUUCUGGGCCACUAUCUCCCGGUACACCGGUUUGACCAAGCUUCUUAUCACUGCGACAACCUUGGACGAUAGAGGCGUUACAGCGAUAAACACUUUGUACAACCUGCGCAGUCUACACUUUGAGCUCGUCGUGGUCGACAGCAACUUGCUAUUGGGCACUCCUCAACAUCGCUUAACAUCCCUGGGCUAUCUAAUAAACGAAGUCCACCCCAACAUCAUCGAAGGAUUCAGCGCGAAAUUGACAUCGUUAAGCUUGCGCACGCGGGAGGCAUCCUACCGUGAAAUCUUCGCCGUUCUUGAGAGCUGUGCCAUGUUGAAAUAUCUAUACACCAAGAUUACCUGGGAGAGACAAGUUGGAUUCGAACGACCGCCUGAGAAUCUCGCGCCUACAGCCUGCCCACUUCUAUCUGAGUACCAUGGUCGUCCAUUCUAUGCACCAGCUAUUAUUCCCGGCCGGCCGCUGCGUUCUAUAACGAUCACUCAUUUUCCUUACAUGCAUGAAGACACUACCGAGGCAGACGUUAAAACCUGGUUUGACUUUAUCGGAGCCGGGACAGCAACCGUGGAGACGUUCAGGAUAGAACAUUGGCCACCGGCGAGAAUCAAGCAACUUUGCAGUCUCAUCUGUCGCCAUUUCCCCGAGGUGAAAACUCUAACUAUAAAUGUUUUACCUUACCGAUAUGAUUAUCACACGUAUCAAGAGCAGAUAAUUAACAAAAAACGGUUUUACUACCUUGCCAUAGUCAAAGACAUAGCUACUGGCGUGUACGAGAUACCGCGUACAGUAGAGCACUUUAAACUUGUUGUCGUAACUUCAUAUCGGAAGCACCCCACCAUCGGAUCUCUUGCAGAAGCCGCCCAGGAUUUCUUUACCUCCGACAGAUUCGUCAACCUGAAAUCCCUAAGACUGGGUUCAGACUAUGAAACGCUGAUAUGGACUAAAUCCGACACCGGGACCUGGGCCACCCGAACUUCUAUAUAUGAGUACAAAAAAUGGGGCGAAGAAGAAAUCCUGGUCGACGAUGACGGUGAAUACACUUUACAGAGCAGUCAAUACAGCAGUAGAGAGGGGGAAGAAGACGGGGAAGGUGACACUAGCUCGGAAGAUUUAGAACUCGAGGAAAUAUGUCAGUGCAAUCAUCAGCAAGACGACGAUGAAGCCGAAGAACAGCAGGACAGCGAAGAAAGUCAAGAUCCGGGCGACAGCGAAGAAGACGCAGAACAAUUCGACAACGAAUAUCAGGACGAUGAACAGAGUGAACAGCAAGAGAACAACGGCGAAGGUGUUCAGGGAGGAAACGACGAGCACGUCAACGCUGAGGUCGUUGAAGAGGCCGAUCCCGUUCCUAAGCCAGAGGAGCACCCGGAACUCUAUUCUCUGGAAGAUGAAUUCCCCAGCGAUGAGGAGCUGGAAUAUUGA